UUGCUGUAGGAUUUCAAACAUAUAGUUGGUUUCAUUUUAUUCAAAUGAGAAGUGUUGUGAAGAGGUAAUAAUAUCAGACCUAGAUGAUUUUGAAAAAGAAAGUCUUCAAGCCUUUGUACAAAAAGCAGUCUGCUUAUUGCUGAUCGUCUGUACUUUUCCUGUUUGCGGUGCAGGAGAAAUUAUCAACGGAAAAGCUGCCGCAAGAACAGUUCUGAAUCUCCCCGGUGUGCACACCUGUUACACACCUAUUCUGAAACUACCAUGGCGAAUGCAACUGAAAUUGUGUUUGUUCUAGAAGGACUGAGUGAGACUAUGUCAAACAAACGCACAUACUUUGUUGUGACUCUUAUCGUUUACCUUUUUACUAUUUUAGUGAAUCUGAUUUUGAUUGUGACAAUUAUUUUGGAGAAAACGCUCCAUGAGCCAAUGUUCAUAUUUCUGUGUAACUUGUGUGUAAACGGCAUAUUUGGUGCCUCUACAUUUUAUCCCAAAAUAUUGGUGGACCUUGCAUCUGACGUUAGUGUUAUUUCGUAUAAAGCUUGUUUAUCUCAAAUUUUUUUAAUAUACAGCUACGUCUUCUGCGAAUAUACUACAUUAGCAGUGAUGGCUUAUGACAGGUAUGUCGCGAUAUGUAAACCGCUCAAUUACCACUCCAUUAUCACGGCUGGGAAGGUGGGUAAAUUGCUGCUAUUUGCCUGGCUGUUUUCCAUCUCUGAAACGGUUAUUUUGGUGGGCUUGACAGUCCGACUGCCCCUCUGUGGAUUCAAGAUCGAAAAGAUUUACUGCAUAAACUGGGCAGUGGUAAAGCUGUCAUGUGUGGAUACCACAGCCAACAACGUAUACGGAUACAUUCUUAUGUUUUUUCACAUUGCACAAGCAUUGCUGAUCUUUGUUUCUUAUGUCAAUAUCGUCAAAGUAUCUGUGCGAUCACAGGAAGGACGGAAUAAGUUCAUGCAGACCUGUUUGCCCCAUUUAAUCUCAUUGACUAACUUCACGAUCGCACUCGUUUUUGACAUCAUGUACGCUCGUUAUGGACCCACCAGCCGUCUGCAGGCUCUCCGCAAUUUCAUGUCCCUGGAGUACCUCGUUGUUCCACCCCUCCUAAAUCCUCUCAUCUAUGGCCUGAAACUGAACCAGAUCCGCCGGAGAAUCUUCAGAAUUUGCAGCCAGGAAAUACAUGCUCUGAAGUGAAUGUUUUAACCUCUGACUGGAAACGACUGAUGUGAAAAAAUGUGCUUGAUCAAAUUGUACAUUUCGAGUUGAUAUAGCCUAUUGGUGUUUGAAUUGUUGCGAGUCAAGUCGUAUCGCUUACUACCUUAGCUUCCAGCACACACUGCGUAAUGAAGGUACAGUGGACGUUUUUUUAUUUAUUUUUAUUUUAGG